AUGUCGACCACCGCCACGACCCCCUCAACCGUUGGUCCCGCACCAUGGCGACCCCUCUUCCUAUCACACAUCGCAAAGAUGUCGUCGCCCGAGUUCGUCUUCAGCUCUCUCGCGGCGACAGAAGAGAAAAACGCACCCACGCCCUACGUCCCACGGGCGCGAUAUUGCAUCUUCCGUGGGAUGUGGGCGGAGCUGCCGGAGAAUAGACAUAAUGAUGCGCCGAAGAAUGAGAGGGUUUACGAGAGUGAUUUGUUGACUUUGACUACGGAUGUGAGGAUGCAGAAGGUGCCGGAGUUGUUUGCUAGUUCGGAGGGGAGGGGGGAUGUGAGGCAGAGUCAGGGGAGUGGAGGGGGAGGGCCGGUGGAAGCGGUUUUUUGGGUGAAGGAUGUUAUGACACAGUGGCGGAUUCGAGGGGAUGCGUAUAUCGUGGGCCCGGAUAUUGAGGGGGAGGGGGAGGAAUCGAGUGGGACGCGGACGACGAAGAGUAACGUUGGUGAGAGGAUGAGAGUGGUGAAGGAGGAGGGUAAGGAAUCAUGGUCUUGGGCGACUGAGCUCACUGCACAUUUUGGUAAUCUCUCACCGGGUAUGAGGGGUAGCUUCAAGAACCCCGCACCAGGGACGCCGGUUUCUGUCCCGCCUGAGGAUAAGUCGUUGGCAUUGGGCCAGAAGGUGUGGGAUUUACAUGAUGAAGCUGCGAGGAAGAACUUUCGAGUGGUUAUUAUUAGACCCGAGUUGGUUGAGCAGGUUGACUUGACCGAAGCCGACAAAGCUCGGCGGUGGCAGUAUACCUUUGUCGGGGGAAAGGAAGGAGGGGAAAAUCUACAACACCGAAGUGAAGUUGGACAUUGGAAAGUGGAAGAGUUGUGGCCAUAG